AUGAAUGAACACGGCGAUUACUACAAUUCGUAUUUUCAUCACACCUGCGUCAUCAUCCCUGAGAAGGAUGUCCUGGAGACGGACAUUGUUGGGACCGGGUGUGUGGCCCGCUUCCAGCGCUGGUGGCAGGACCUGUUCCUCCUGUCUUACACCUCAGGGAAAUGUAGAGGUUUCUACGUCAGCACCCACGCCAUCAGAGUAGAAAGAUUCAGACAGUUCCGCAAAUACAGGAGUCGUAUCCAUCCGAUGAGCAAGUUCAGUAUGUCGAUAUACUCGUAUUACCUAGGAGCUUUUCUGGAUAUGAUUAUCAUCAUGGACCUGUACGUAAGCCUGAAGACUGGAUAUAUCAACCACAAAGCUAAGCGCGUAGUCUUGGAUUCACACGACUCGUUACUCCACUUCUGCACUUAUAAGAUGUUCUUGCACGUCGCGUCUGCUAUACCCCUGCACUGGUUCAUGUUUUUCAAAUACGGAACUAACAUUACAUGUGGCUUGUGUAAAGCUAACAAAUUCAUCUGUGCCCUGAAGAUCAUUAGUGUAUUCAGUCUCUACCGGGUGUAUGAAACAUCCACUUUCUGGACAGAAAAACUUCAUACUGCGAGCAAAAUUCAAUAUAAAUACCUCUUCAAGUUCUUAAGGAUCGGAGUGAUUGGUAUGAUGACCAUGUGCCAGUAUUAUGAUAUAAGUGAUGUCGCCAUUUUGCUUGUAGCUUUCCACACGGGCAGCAUAGCAGAGACCUCGUUUUUGGGGAUCAGAACCAUCUUCAAAUAUGGAAACGUUAAUAAGCAGAUGUCUACUAACUACUUCUACGUUUGCUAUGAGAUUAAUAGAAUUUUCAAGUCGUUGCAGUUAUAUAGUUACGGUAUCAGAGAAAAAGUAUACUAUUUGGAUAAAAUAAGUGCGUUACUGGCUUACGCUCUCGCGACGUUCUUUUAUUUUUGGAGUUUUAAGGAAUGUUUCUCCUUGGUUAAUACACUAAUUCACCCGAAAGACUUACACAUGAAACUACGGCACAGAGCCCUGACGAUGUUAUCAACUCGACAAAUAUCUAAUGAACUAAGUUCCAGGUUACGACAAUACUUCAAGUAUGCACCGACCAAACCGUAUAUAAUUGAAAAGACAAACAAGUUGUAUAUGAACAUGCCAAAUGUUCUGAAGAAUGAAAUUAAGUUACACUCGUAUAUGAAGUACAUGAUGAGAAUUCCUUAUUUCUGUCAAGUGCCACUGCCGCUGUUAGAGGAGAUAGUAUUACUGUUGAGAAAAGAAAUGUUUAUGAGUAACGCCAUCGUAACACAAGCAUUGGUUCCAGCUGAAGGGAUGAUGAUAGUGGAAAAUGGGGAGCUCGCGGUGUACUCCAAUGAUGAAAAAGAAGAGGGACAUCUGAUAGAUGGAGACUACUUCGCAGGACUGUCUCUGGUCACCAUCAACGAACGCUGUCUGUCUUUCGUGGUCUCCAUCAGAGCUUGUUCAAUACUGCUGCUCGAGAAAAAAAAAUUUCGCGAGCUGAUGAAGAAGCAUGUGAAGUAUUUUUGGCAAAUAAAAACGCAGAUUGUGGAGCAUUAUAAGAUAACACAAGAAAAUAUCAACAAAACCGAUCGAUAUCAGAGAUCUGCCCUCGGUCAGCAACCUCUUGUUGAAUAUGAACUUCCAUAUUCAGGAUAGUCAAUCAGUACUCAUGAGGUACUGAUACACAUACUAAUGAAGCCUAAAAGCAUGGUUUAAUUAAACACUUGCUAAUGGCAUAUGUGUCAAAAUAUUGCUCAAAAUUGGCAAGCUCAUUCCAGCAGCUGUAGCCAAAUGCCAUUUAGCACUUGUCUACUUGUAGAGUAGAAAACUAAUUUAUAUGGGAUUGACGUAAAUUUUGACAAUUGAUAGUGUCAUCCCCAUACAUUUAGUUUUCUACUCUCUGU